AUGCCGACAUCAUUAUCAUCAUCAUUAUCGUCAUCAUCAUCAUCAUCAUCAUCAUCAUCGUUAUCACUAUCAUCAUCAUCAUCACCAUGGUGGACAUCUCAAACAGCUGCCAAUAAACAAACUGAAACUGUUACAAAUGAAGUGCUCCCCACUGAAUCAAUCAGCAAUACCCAAUCUUCAGAAAUUUGUAAUGAAAAUGAAGAAUUCUCUCAUUGUCCGGAAUUCACUCGUCAAUGUGAAGCAUCUUGUGAUUGGACAAAAUUUCCGGAAACAAUUCCGAAUUGUCCACGUAGUUGUGGUACACCAAAAUGCGUCUGUAAAGAAGGCUUUGUCCGAUCAGCAAAUGAUAAUAAUACCUGUGUACCAUUUCAUUUUUGUUCAGAAGAGGCUGAAAUAGAAUGUCCAAUUAAUUCAACUUGGGCAAAAUGUGGUAUUGCUUGUGAGCCAACAUGUGAAAAUAUGUAUGAUACAUCACCAUGUCCAGCACAUUGUGAUGAACCAGCCUGUACAUGUGCUGAUAAUUAUGUUCGACACAAUGGAAAUUGCAUUUUUUGGGGUGAUUGCCCAAAUCUUGAGCAACGUUUUGCAUCCAAUUUUCCCAUUUCAACAUCAAUGAAAACAGCUUCAGGAGAAGGAUCAAUUAUUGGUCAAGUGGAUUUUAAUCCAGGAAAUAUUGGCAAUCAAUCAGAAAUAACAACCGUUGCAGCAAUUGGAACAACCAUUGGUACUAAGACAAUAUCUGGUAGUUUAACUUGUAGCAUCAAUGAAACAAUUAAUGAAUGUGGUCGAGCAUGUGAAACAAGUUGUAAUAAUGUAUAUUCUCGAGAAAAAUGCACGCGAUGCUAUCGACCUGCAUGUGCAUGCAUUCAUGGUUAUGCACGAAUUGAUGAUCGAUGUAUUUAUUGGUCUGAUUGUCCACGUGAAAGUAAAAAUUUUAUCGUCGUUUAUCACAUACUCGACAAUAUAAUCCUUCAUCAUCGUUGCGAUCAACAAAAAAAAACAUCAGUGACAAAUGGUGUAGAAUAUGUAAAUGGAACAGAAUCGAUCAAUUCAUCUAUUAAGCAAUCAAAUAAACACGACAAUGAAAUACAUGAAUUGAAUUCGGCUGAUGUUGAAGCAAUUGUAGAUGAUGCAAAUAUCGAAUUACAGAAUAUAUCCAAUACUAGAAUUACUCCUUUAUUGGAAUCCGGAGUUGCUGGUGAUGUUUGUUAUGGUGAUUGGCGUUGGCCACCUGGAUGUCGUGAUUGUGAUUAUCGCAUUUCAUGGAAUUAUUUAGAUGAUACUGAUGAGAUUGAAUUUUCAAUUGAGACACAUGCACCAUCAAAUUGGUGGACAGGUGUUGGUUUCUCACCUACCGGUACAAUGGUUGAAGCUGAUAUUAUUAUUGUAAAAAGUCGAAAUGGUGAAUUAUCCUUGCAUGAUAUGUAUAGUACUGAAUAUGGUAUACCACGUGAAGAUAGUAAACAGGAUGUUUAUACACCAACAGUAAUCGGAACACAUGUUAAUGGUGUAUUACGGGUACAAUUUACUCGAAAACGUGAUACUGGUGAUCGAAAAGCUGAUCAUCAUUUUUCGGAAUCUAAUUGUUACAAAUUUUUAUUCCCAGUUUCUGGUGGACGAUUAGAACCGAAUGGCCAAUUAUCAAAGCAUAUUAGUAUACCGCAUGUAUCAGAGAAUAAAAUUUGCAUUCAAAGUUGUACUGCUCCACAAACUCUUCAGGCUACAAGUUCAUGUGAAACCGAAUAUCGUUAUCCGGCUGGUUGUAGUGGUACAACAUGUGAUUACAUUGCUAAAUGGGAAUAUAGUGCAGCUAGGAAAGAUGUAAAAUUUGAAAUUACAUCAAAAGAAUUAGGUCGUUGGACCGGAAUUGGCUUUUCACGUGAUGGUCAAAUGGCAAACUCUGAUAUGUAUACCGGUUGGGUGUUUGAUGGUAAAGCAUAUGUUACGGAUCGAUUUGCAUACGGUCGUCAACUUCCGGCAAUUGAUCCAGCUGAUCGUCAAGAUAUUUAUGAAAUUACUGGUAAAGCAGAGGAUGAUAUUCAGACAAUAACAUUUCGUCGAAAGGUAUUACCAGCUGAUACAAUUACUGAUUUUCCACUUAAUGUAUGCUAUUAUUUCCUAUUCCCAGUUGGUGGUGGACGAGUUUUAGCACGAAAAAGUGAAGAUUUCCAAAAUGCUAAAACACCAAUCGGUUAUCAUGAUCUUUAUCAGCCUAAAGUUUCACGUACAAAAAUUUGCAUUUGUGAUCAGAAUGGGAUAUCAAUUGCUUCUGAUAAUGCACCAUCGGGAAUUCGAAAUCGUCGUCGAAUAAGUCAACCAAAUGUGACAUCCCGUCAAAAGCGGCAAUUGCAAGAUCCAUUCGAAGUUCAAAUUGAUCCUUUUGCAGGAAUCGAUAAAGGCAUGCAUUAUUCAUAUAAACCGGGAAUCAGAAUCACAAAUACAUUAAACUUACCGGAACGAGAUUUCCCAAUUGAAGAGAAGAUUUCAAAAUUGGAAGGUGAAAAAUCACCAAACCAUUUGUCAUUAGAAAUCAAGCAAUCUACCACUAUGGCUGAUAUUACUUUUACAACGACAAGUUCGAUCGAUCAUUCGAUAAUUGACGAAAUGAAUGCAUCAAUUCAAUCAGAAAUUAUAGAAUCGGAACCAAAACGAUCAGCUAUUUUUUCUAUCAAUACAACUACUCUUGUAGAUGUAUCUAAACCGGAAUCCGAAUUAUCCGUAACAAAAGAACCGAAAUCAAUAUCAAAGUCAGCUUCACAGCAAUUAAAAGAAGAUGGAAAUGAAAAAAUGGAACAUCCAAUGGAUUGUCUUGAUAUGGUGAUAGGAGUGAUAAUUGAUGAUAUCUCACAAGUACGCGAUUACUAUUCUUUCCCACAAAUUACACCACAACCGGAUGAAUUUUUUGGUGGACAAGAUUCAUUAACUUCAGCAACUGCUUAUCAACAAGAUGGCAUUACUACGGUCAUUUUUCGGAAACCUUUAGCAGCAUCUGAUCAAGCUGAUCGAACAAUAUCAUCAGAUGAGACUAUAGUGAUUUGGGCAAAAGGUGUAAAAUUAGCGCCAAUAUCUGAUGAAUCUAUUUCUCAGAAUGCUUUGGCGAAAACAACAACUCCAUUUCUGGAUGAUGAAAAUAGUCAAGGACAAUUAAUUAUCAAUUUCUUUGAUGAUAUGCAAGAUGAAUCAAAGAAAUUACAAAAAUUUGAUCAUAAAAAUGAAUGUUUUGGUAAUUAUGCAUAUCCAGCUAAUUGUACAAAUGAAAAAUGUAUUUAUACGGUAACAUGGUGGAGUGAUGGGAAGAAAAUUUCAUUCUCAUUAACGGCAAUAAUUUCAACAUAUCAUUGGACUGGAAUAGGUUUUUCAAAUGAUGGAUCAAUGGCACAUUCUGAUUUAAUUACUGUCAAUGUAUAUGAUGAUGGAAUGAUCAAAGUUUUGGAUAUGUUUUCAUCAGGUUAUAGUCAACCUAAAAUAGAUGAUGAACAAGAUUUAUUUGAUAUUCGAACAUUAUAUGAUCAUGAUCGAGUGUAUGCUAAUUUUUCGCGUUAUUUAAUUUCAAAUGAUAAUAAUGAUCUUUCAAUUGAUCAAUGUGUUUAUUUCUUAUAUCCAAUUACUGGAGGCAUAUUAGAUAUGGAAACGAAUGAAAUAUAUAAACAUGAGGAAAAUCCAAUUUCAUCUGAAACAAAAAUUUGCCCAAUAUUAUGCGCUAAUAAUUUGAUAGCUAAAAAAAUACCACAAAAUGAACCACUUCAUAAAGCAUCUAUCUUACCGGACGAAUCGAUUGUUACUGAAAGUGCUACAUUUGAUACGGUAUUGCGCAUUUUAAAUCGUGAAUGGAAUCCAUUUUUUACCAAUCGAAAUACUCCGGAAUUUCAUCAAUUAGCUACUGAAGUAAUCAAUAUGGUUAAUGCAAUGGUGAAAAUGGAAUAUCCACGAAUGCGAGUAAUUGAAAUUAAAAAAUUCAAAAAAGGAAGUAUCUUAGCAUUUAUGACACUUUUCUCCGAAGAUGAUCCUUUACCAAGUGAAAAUGAAGUGAAGGAAUAUUUAAGGAAGCAAGUUCAAUUCCAACCACCGGAAGCAUUGCAUAUGGAAAUAGCAUCAGUGAUUGCAAGAAAAGCAGAAAAAGAUUCAUCAAACAAAUUGAGCAAAAUUCAAAAUUGGAUUGUCUUAAGUAUCGGUAUAUUGCUAUUUCUUAUUGCUACAUUUCUUGUUUGUUGUAUUGUUAGCCGUUCACGAAAGAUACGGUCGGAUAAUUGUAAUAAUUAUAAUGUACAUUAUCCAAUGAAUGGAUAUGGAUGCAAUACUAAUCUUGCUGUUUCACCGUUGAAUAGCAAAAAAGGUAGUUUUGAAAAUGCCGCAUAUCAUGCAACACAUAGCAGACAAUUUUCACAAGCAACAACAGCUUCUCAAAAUGGUACCAGUAAAGGAUCACCGAAUACCUUGGAAGAAAUCCCGAAAGGUGUUGGUGAAACAACUUAUCAAGAAUGGUUUUCUAAGGUUGCUUCAAAACCUGGUGCACAACAACAUGAAGAAUUAUCAUCACCUUCUGUUCGUCAUCCAAUUUCUCGGCGAUCUUUUACUGGACCAUCUUAUAUGUCACAUGCUCAGGAUGCUAAUAAUUUCUAUGGUGAAAUUAGAUUAGGACCACCGGGAUAUUAUCGACCUUAUUAA